CGGGAGCGGGAGGCGGGCGGUGUGUGUUGUGUCGGUGGGGAGAGGGAGCGGUGGGGGAGUCGAGCGAGCCUCCCAGUGACUUCGCAGCCCCUCGGUGCCCGUGUCCCCGUCCCGUGUGAGGGCUGCCGGUGCCCCCCGCCCGGCCCCGCUCUGCCGCCGCCGCCCCGCGGGAUGCGGGCACGGCCCCGUCCCCCGCUCGCCCCGUCCCCCCCGCCGGCCGCAGCAUGAGCGCGGCGAGCGAUGCGUACGUCUUUAUAAAAGACAUAAAACCCGGACUGAAAAACUUAAAUGUCGUCUUUAUUGUGCUGGAGAUCGGGCGCGUCACCAAGACCAAGGACGGGCACGAGGUGAGGUCCUGCAAGGUGGCCGACAAGACGGGCAGCAUCACCAUUUCCGUGUGGGACGAGAUCGGCAGCCUCAUCCAGCCGGGGGACAUCAUCCGCCUCACCAAAGGGUAUGCAUCUCUGUGGAAAGGCUGUUUGACACUUUACACAGGACGAGGAGGAGAGCUGCAUAAAAUUGGGGAGUUCUGCAUGGUAUACUCAGAAGUGCCAAACUUCAGUGAGCCCAACUCAGAACACAUUGGACAGAGCAAACUGGCUCAAGGUGAACAGAAUAAUAGUUGUGCAUCGAGUAAUAUGAGUUCUUGUACUUUCGGGCCACUGGGAAAUGGUUUACAAACUGGACCCGAAUCAAGUGGAUUUCCAUUUACAUAUAAUCACGGCCACUCUUACGCAGGUAGUGGGAGAGGCAAUGGACGAGGACCUGUAAAUCCAGCAACAGCUAAUAGUGUUCAGCCUCUUCCCCCUGCUGUCAGUAAUGGGAGGGACCCACGCAGAGCCUUUAAAAGAUGACUAUGCCAAAUGUGCUUGUACAGCUUGCUUAAACUCUACACUCUACUUGAACACUUAUUGCACUUUUAUUUAUGGUUAACUGUGAACCAGUUUGUCUUUUUUUUUUUUUUUUUUUUAACCUUUUGGUCUAUGGAGCAAACUUAAUGUGAUAUUUUUGUUUUGCUUAGGGAAGCACAGGGAGUCUUCCCAUAAAUUAAAGGAAUAGGGAGAAAAGGUGGAUAAUAAAGAGGGUUGAGGGGUAAUGGUUUGAAGAGUCUCAAUUAAAACUCAAUACCCUUUGUCAAAUGGAAGCAAAUUUUGGUAAUGUGUAUGUAUUUUUCUGUUUCUCUUGGUCAACCAUAGAGCCUUAAAUGGUUUGUCACGUCCUGUGUGCACAUAUGUUGACUUCCAAUAGUGGGAGUACUUUGUAUUGGAAGAGAAAUGUUGGAGAAGGGAAAAUGCUGUAGUGAACUAGGUGUCCUUAGAAUGGGCAUAGCUUGCAAAAGCAAUAAGUAUAAGGAAGUGAUGUUGUCAGCACUUUGUGGUGCCUCCUAAGUCAGAACUAUUAACGCAGACAGAAGUUGAAGACCUCGGAAGUGUCUUGAGGCCUUACCUCCGAUUGCAAAAGCCUGUAUACUCUUCUAAAGAAAAAUUCUCAGUAAUACACCAUUGUCAGUGUCAAGGAGAGCAACACUGAUUAUUUUUGCUUUGGGUAGAAGCUUGAAUACUCAUUCUUGCUUUGCUUGGAAUGCGGCAGAUCUAACUACAGGUAGCGCUGGAGAAUACUGUUUGUAGCUAUGCCUGGUGUAGAAAGCUCAGAGCUAGUUUUACAGGACUCUGCAUCUCCAAGAAAGAAUGAGUUUCAGAAACUGUUCUCAAAUGCUGCAUUGCAUCUCUCUUCGAUGAGGCUGCCUACUUUUCCUUCAUUCACUUUUCCAAAUGAAUUAUACAUUAGAUCAAGCUGGAUGUGUUGAUUGCAGAGGUACUGGCCAAGCACACAGCUGCAGUUCUGAUGCUUUAAGCUUUUGUCCCUCUGUUUUAUAUGGAAUACGAGUUAUCCCUUGGAGAACUUAACCCCCACCCCAAUCUUCCCAGGAGGGAAAUAGCUGUGGUUUUAUUUCUGAUAUUACAAAUGUUUUGAGUCUAGAUAUUAAAAGUUCUGUGCCAUAUUUCAGAUCAGGUUUAAAAUACAACUUCGAAGCUGAGAUGUCAUACUGGAUUCAUCUGUUUAAUUCUUCUUAUAGCUGACCUCUCAAAUAAAAAUUGCACUAACCAUUUAAAAAAAAACAAAUCUAACUCUCUUUGUCAAGCCGAAAAGACUUUGUGACAAAAGGCUAUUUCUGAAUUGCAAGUUGUCUCUGUCAUCCUUGUUAGUUGAAUAUAUCCCGAAAUUAUUGUUGUUUACAAGUUAUGUUUGGUACUCUAUUAAGAUUUGUUGACAGUUGCCUCUGAGGGGCAAAGGUUCCUUGCUUAAUUCUGAAAUACCAAUCUGUCUUUUAAAAGCAGGCAGCAGCAGCAGCAAAUAUCUGAAGGAAGCUCUAGGGAGGCUUGCGUACUGUUUGUCUCCCGUUCAAGUGCUUUCCUGAUGCCUGCUGCCAAAUUUGUCUUGCAUACAGGGGAGGGUGACGCGCCUCCUGAGGACGCUCGCUGGUGCUGAUACGGGACGACAGCGGUAACUUGUAAACCUAAAGCACGCAGUGCAUUCUGGGGAGGUGGUGUAAAGAAAUGUGUAACUCAGGGACUUCAAAUUGCUUAUGUAUUAAGAAAAAUAAGACCUUGCAUAGAGCGUAGACGUGUGGAGAAGCUUUUAUGUGGUGUUGCAUUAAGAUGUUUGAUAUGCUUGUGAGAAGGAAGCCAGGAGGACUUCUAAACCUGUGAAGUACGCGUGACAUGUUCCAAAGGUAAAUGAGAUGCAAAUCUAGUGUAAGAGUUGUGCUUUGCAGUCACAGCUGUAACUGUAGUAAGUGAGCAGUGCAAUUAAUAGCACAGUGGUGACUUUGUAUUUGUUGGGAUUCCUCAGUUGUGGAUGUCUGCAAUCCUGGUGAUCUUGGUUUCUCUACAAUAAUAAAGAAGGUUGAUUAUAGUUCUGAA